UACACUUUGCCCUUCUACUAAAAAAAACCUAAAUAACCAUGUUAAAAGGAUUUCAUUCAAAGUGCUUCUUUAUACGCCAAAAUUCAAGGCAACGAUCAAGAUGGGCUUGAUGGAUUGGAUGCGAACUGCUGCAGGUGGAUCCCGGGCCAGAGCCGUCAAUGACUGGAAAGCAAACGGUGGGUCAGGCUGGAUAGUGGAUCAUUCAGAUCCUUCUUUCCUUUUCGAAACCUACUUGCCACCAUUGGGAACGACGAUAUUGACGCCCGUCAGUCCCGUUCCGCCACGCUGUCAAAACUACUUUACUCGACAGAUCAGCAGCUGUAUAACCCAGUAUACCGAAGCUGAAGCAGAGGCUUUUGUUAUUCGUAGUAACCUGCAUGCGACAUCUUUUCCCUUUCCACCUUCUCUUGACCAAGCACUGAUCGCUGAGCGUAAAGUUGAGAAUGCUCUGUAUAUCUUGGCGGUGGCUAGAUCACUUGCCCGCGGAAUUGUACCAGAGAAUGUCGUAGUGGCGGUGAGAAGGACGGACUUUAAGAGCGGUUUCACGUCCAUCCGAUGGGAGAUUGCCAGUCAGGGCUAGCAUGUGAGUUGGCAUCUGUAAAUAGUCACAUUGUAGAUAUAGCUUCCCUGUAUAUGCGAAGGCACUUGUAUUUUGAGACCUGACAAAAGUAAUAGGAAUAUACUGGUAUUUUGAAAUCUGACAAAACUCUUCUGGA